UCUUUCCUCACUCUCUUCCCUCAACGUCUCUCUCCAUCUCUCUCUCCUCCGAAUCCUUCAUUUUCCUUCCAUUCUCGCUCGCUUCAACAAUUUCUUCAACCUUUGAGCUUCCUACAAUGUCCGCGCUACAAAAUUAGAUUUUGAGCUUGGAAAUCAGAUUUAAGCGAUUCUCUGGUUUUUUCUUGAAUUUUUCGUCGGAAAAAUGACUGGUGCGUUUGAUGACGAAGUUGAGCAGACAGUUUCGAUCCAGGAGUACCUUGAUGACGUUGAAGAACAAGAGCUGGAAGCGGAUUUGGUUUUGGGAGGUGAUGAAGGCAAGGAGUGUACUUAUAAUAAUGGUUACAUGAAGCGACAAGCAAUUUUCUCAUGCCUGACUUGCACCCCUGAUGGAAAUGCUGGAGUUUGUACUGCCUGCAGCUUGUCUUGCCAUGACGGCCAUGAGAUUGUGGAACUAUGGACCAAGAGAAACUUUAGAUGUGAUUGUGGGAAUUCCAAAUUCGGAGAGUUCUUCUGCAAGCUUUCCCCAAAUAAAGAUGUAGAAAAUUUAGAGAAUUUGUACAAUCAUAAUUUUAAAGGUUUAUACUGUACUUGUGGUCGCCCUUAUCCUGAUCCAGAUGCUGAAGAACAAGUAGAGAUGAUACAGUGUUGUGUAUGUGAAGAUUGGUUCCACGAAGAGCAUCUUGGUCUUGAAUCAUCUGAUGAGGUUCCAAGAGAUGAGGAAGGAGAACCUCUGUACGAGGACUUUAUAUGUGGGGCAUGCUCAGCUGUUUGUUCUUUUCUAAGGCUAUAUCCUCAAGCAAUAUGGACAGCAGAGAGGCAGCACGCUGCUACUGGUGCUGCAAGCAAAGAUAAGAAUGUCAUGGAAGAUACACAAUCGGCUUGUGGAUCUGGAAAGUUGGAGAAUGAUAUUUCUCUUCCUGAGAAGGAUCAUGUACAUAAUAAUGCCAACUCUAAAUCUGUACCUUGUCGGAAGGGCUUGCCACUUGAAGAAAUCCCAGAAAAGGAUUCGACUUUGAGGCAGGGCACUACAGAUGCCAUUCCACAUGCUACCUGUGUUCUUGGUGUUGAUCUGGUGGUUGCUUGCCCUAAUUUAGAGAGGAAGCCGAUGUUUCUUUCAAAGAAUUGGAGGGAUGCCCUCUGCAGCUGUGAAAGAUGCAGUGAUUAUUACAGAGAGAAGGGCAUCAGUUUUCUUCUCGACAAGGAGGACAGCAUUGCGGAGUAUGAGAAAAUAGCAAAGCAGAAGAGGGAGGAAAAAUUGCUGCAACAAGAGGGGGAUGAGUUAAAUCUUCUGAAUAAACUUGGUCAUGUAGAGAAAAUGGAAAUUCUGAAUGGAAUUGCAGAUAUGAAAGAUGAGAUUCGUUCCUUCCUGGAAUCUUUUGAUUCAUCGAAACCAAUCACUUCUGCUGAUGUCCACCAGGUUUUUGAAAAUCUAGCAAAGAAGCGCAGGCGUGUAUAGUAAGUUAUUGUAGGAUAUUUGCUGCCGUUGCAUGCAUGUUUUAAUUGCAACCUUCAAUACUUAAAUCUAGAUUUCAGAAACUUCCGAAAGGCAGUUCAUGUUCAAGGCUUUUCUAAAGUACAAUGUUUUUCUAUACUAUUUGGACUUAUUAAGGACUAUAACUGCUGGACAUGAAGUAUUUCUGUAGUAGCUAAUGGAUCUGAGUGAUCUUCUGGCCACUCCUUUGUCUAGCUGAUGGCUAGGUGUCUUAACAUUCACGUGACACGUGCAAUAGAAUGAUUGUUGCGUAAUAUUUACGAUACA